UCUUUUACCCAAUUCCAAGAUUUAUAGCUCACCAUGACCACACUACCUGAGCUACCCUCUACUACUGAAAAAAACGUUUGUACUGAUGAGAAAAUCUCUGCAGAGCUUGCUGCCAGUAUUUCUACCUUGACCUCCACUUCACCACUGCCCAAAGUUAAGCCUGGUGACGCCAUGGAAGCUCUGACUACUCUUGUGGCAGAUCUGACUGCUGCCAAAAAGCAUGCGACCCCACUACUAAAGGAUGUUCAAGUGUUGGCUGAACGUACCUGGCGAGUAAAUGUUGCCUAUGAACAUCGUAUAGCCCAGCUGGAAAGAGAGAAACGUCAGUUGGAGAGACUUACAGAAACUGUGUGGAAACGCUUCGAUGAACUCAUCAUGCCUCUGUGGCGUUUUGAAGACUCUAUGGUUCCCAUCUACGAAGAACUGUGUCUAAUCUUGAAUGGUCUAGAGAGCCUUCAAACCAUGUGCAAUGUCGAUGCCAGUGAGCGUGAGUCUCGUCUGCACGGUUUCCAAGAUCGUCUGCAUGCGAUUGAAAACAAGAUGGUCGAUGGCAAGUUAGUUCCUGAUGGCCGGUCCGAGACCAGUAGCCAUAUCCCCAGUGGGCAAGCCAUGUGUGUUCAGUUGAUGGAGCGCUGCUAUAGACUUGUUCGAAAAAUCUCUGAUGCCGAGCCUGCUGUUGAUCCCUUGCUUUUUAAUUAUAAAAAGUUGCUCGAAGAUAUUAUCUCCAACCUGAAAUCUAUGCUUGACUCGGUAAGCGUUGGAAAUAAGAUUGACCCUGUAGAGCUGCAUGUUUACCAGGAGCAAGCACAGGCUGUUGAUUCUAUGCGCAAAGAUGGAAAGUUUUUUGAUAAGAAUGGGAAUAUCCCUGAAGGUCAAGCAAUUUUGCAUGAGCUUCUGGAAGAAGCAUUUGAUCUUAUUCACGAAUGCAUGGUCGAGUAUGAAGCGCAGGAUGCCAACGAUGAUCCAUUUUCAGAUGUCUUGGAUACACUUAUUGACCGUGUUUUCAAUGUACGCAUUGGUUUGACCAGAUACGCUGGCACUGCUACUGAUAGUAUAGCAACUAUUUCGAAGCCUGCUUUGAAACUCAUGUACGAUGUAGCCAAAGAGGGAGUGGUCAUUGCGACUGAUACUGUCGCUCAUCCUCAGAAAGCUGCAUUGGGAGCUUAUUCCAAGCUGCGAGCUGUUGCCUCUUCUACAAUGAAGUUUAUCAAUCGGAUUGGAGAAGAGCUUGAGCCCAUUGACGAGACUCUCCAGCCACAAUACGAGACUCUCCAUGUCAUUCGCCAAACUCUCAGGAAAAUGCGCAACGAACGCAACAGGGUGUAUCUUGCUGCUCAAGUCAAGCCGUCCGAAUCCGAGGUUGAUGUACAGAUGAAAAGAGCCAAAGAGACUAUUGCGCAAUUCAACGAAGCCUACAGUGCACAGCUGUCUGAAAUUCUUACAGAUCUGCACAAGAUGGAAAGGUCUCGUGUAGAUGGCAAGUUUAUGAACGACUUUGGUGAAGUUCCAAGUGGCCAAGUUCCACUGUCUGCUAUGCUUGAUGAAUGCUUCUGCAUUGCUAUGGAGAUGGGUGAUGAAACCAUUGUUUAGUUGAUUUGCAGUUUUCUUGGUUCCACAAAGUUGAUUACAAAUUGCCAAAUCUUUUGCUUUUUAUGCUCGAGCCUUUUCUGCUGACAUUGCAUUUGAGUUCCACAUUCGCCCCUUGAACUACAAUAAACAUGCAAAUGAUCAC